AUGAGAUCAGAUGAAAAGAGAGAUCAGAUGGAGGAGAGAUCAGAUGAAAAGAGAGAUCAGACGGAGGAGAGAUCAGAUGAAAAGAGAGAUCAGACAGAGGAGAGAUCAGAUGAAAAGAGAGAUCAGACAGUGAUGAGAUCAGAUGAAAAGAGAGAUCAGACAGAGGAGAGAUCAGAGGAACAGAGAGAUCAGACGGAGGAGAGAUCAGAGGAAAAGAGAGAUCAGACGGAGGAGAGAUCAGAUGAAAAGAGAGAUCAGACAGAGGAGAGAUCAGAUGAAAAGAGAGAUCAGACAGUGAUGAGAUCAGAUGAAAAGAGAGAUCAGACGGAGGAGAGAUCAGAUGAAAAGAGAGAUCAGACAGAGGAGAGAUCAGAUGAAAAGAGAGAUCAGACGGAGGAGAGAUCAGAUGAAAAGAGAGAUCAGACAGUGAUGAGAUCAGAUGAAAAGAGAGAUCAGACGGAGGAGAGAUCAGAUGAAAAGAGAGAUCAGACAGAGGAGAGAUCAGAGGAACAGAGAGAUCAGACAGUGAUGAGAUCAGAUGAAAAGAGAGAUCAGAUGGAGGAGAGAUCAGAUGAAAAGAGAGAUCAGAUGGAGGAGAGAUCAGAUGAAAAGAGAGAUCAGACAGAGGAGAGAUCAGAUGAAAAGAGAGAUCAGACAGUGAUGAGAUCAGAUGAAAAGAGAGAUCAGACAGAGGAGAGAUCAGAGGAACAGAGAGAUCAGACGGAGGAGAGAUCAGAGGAAAAGAGAGAUCAGACGGAGGAGAGAUCAGAUGAAAAGAGAGAUCAGACAGAGGAGAGAUCAGAUGAAAAGAGAGAUCAGACAGUGAUGAGAUCAGAUGAAAAGAGAGAUCAGACGGAGGAGAGAUCAGAUGAAAAGAGAGAUCAGACAGAGGAGAGAUCAGAUGAAAAGAGAGAUCAGACAGUGAUGAGAUCAGAUGAAAAGAGAGAUCAGACAGAGAUGAGAUCAGAUGAAAAGAGAGAUCAGACGGAGGAGAGAUCAGAUGAAAAGAGAGAUCAGACAGAGGAGAGAUCAGAGGAACAGAGAGAUCAGACGGAGGAGAGAGAGUCUGAGAUCUGUGAGGAGGAGACCACAGCAGACAUGAAAGAUUCUGAGAAUUCCUCCCUUCGCGAGAGAGACGGUGUUCAGAAUGACAGAAACUCUGACAGAGAAGAGAUCGUACAAUUGUGUCCUGAAGACAAACAGCACAUCAGUAAAUCUAACAACACAAACGUUAAAACAGCGACAGAGGGGAGGAAGUUUGUGCCUCAGUGGAAUCCUGUGUCCAGUGAGGAGUCUGAGGUCAGUAAGCAGGUGAAGUCGCUCUCGUCCUCUGAUGACGUGCAGGCUCGAUUCUGCUCCAACAUUUUUGACCCGUUGGAUCUGUCACCUGCUAAAGAGGUCGAUGGAGCGAUAGAGACAGACAGCUGGAAGAUCUCCGAGUCUGCAGACAGACGUCUGUUUGAAGACGUGACGUCCGCUCAGAUCCUGCUGUCGCCGUCUGCUGCCUCCAAACCUCUGGACGACAUCAGCAGAACAUCCUACAUCCAGAGACCUGCGACCGCUCACGGCAGACCCGACAUCACCGCCGAACAUGAGCGAAGAGAGAACGAGGAGAGAGAGCUGAGGGAACAUGAGGCGGAGGGAAGAGAGAACGCUCAGGAGGAAGAGCACAGAAAGGGUGAUGAAGAGGAGGAUGAAGGGCAGACGAGAGAAGAGGAGAGGAGGAGACUGAUGGAGGAGAUGAACAGGAGACUGGAGCUACUGAGAGCUGCUCUGAAGAAGGAGGAGGAAGAGGAGGAGCUGAGGAUGAAGGAGGAGAGCGAUGAGCAGAUGAGACUUCUGAGGGAGCAGAUACUGAGAAAGAGACGAGACGAGGAGGAGCGAUUGAAGGAUGAGAGUGAGGUGAAACUCCGAGAGCUGCACUCAGAGCUGGAGGCGGAGCAUGAGAGGGUGGAGACUCAGAGGAGGAGGAGUUUAGAGCAUUUAAGGGCGGGGUUGGAGGAGGAGCUCCAAGCAGAGAGGAAGCGCCUACAAGAGAAGAAGGAGGAGCAACUGAACUCCAUGAGACUAGAGGCUAAAUUCAGUGAUGGACAAAAGGAAUUAAGAAGUCCAAGACCAGAACAACCAUUAACAGAGUACCACAGAGAGCUCACAGAUGUGCUGCAGGAAGUUCGGGAGGAAGUUGAGAGAGAUCACAGAAGAAAACUAAAACAUCUGAAAGAGGAACAUCAGCAUGAACUACAGAACCUGAGAGAGACACACCUGGAGCAGGAGAGCAGAGAGAGAGAAAGUUUGUUGAAUUCUCUUCAGGAGGAGAGAGACACUCUGAUCUCUAAACACACAACACAACUACACAAACUACAGAACAUGCUGGACACACAACUACAGGAGACCCGCAAGACACACUCACAGAAGGAGACAGUGUUACUGGAGUUGAUGGAGAAACUGGAGAUACAAACAAAAGAUCUUCAAACUGGAGAGGCUGAACUGCAGGCACAAGCAUCAGAUUUGAGGAAGAAGAGACAACAGCUGUAUGAGGAAGAAAAUGAUGUUCAGAGAGGACUAGAGUGUCUGCCACGUGUGCUGCAGGAGAAUCGUGAUCUGCGUGAGGAGCUGGAGCGAGUGACAUCAGACCUCCAGAGAGAGAGAGAGGAGCGGGAGCGAGAGACAGCAGAGCAGAGCAGGAUGAUGCAGGAGAGAGAGCGCCUAGAGAAGCGAGUGUCAGUCCUGCAGGACAGAUGUGAGCAGCUCACCUCCAGAGUCAGUGAACUGGAGCAGAAGAGCAGCGCAGCGUCCAGGACGGAGAGAGGACUCCUGGAGGACGGAGCGGAAGAUGAGCAGAAGAAGAAGAAGAAAAAGAAGAAAAGAGAGAAUGUUCUGCGUCUGGAGGAUCUGGAACCAACGGAACAUUCACCAGGAGACAGUGAUGCCAGCGUACAUGAUGUGAGGCAGUAUAUGUGGAAUGAGAGCUUGUCUCUCUUGAGAGCUCGACAGUUUCUGGAGAGACAGAGUGCAUAUGUGUCAGACAGACAGGCAGCGCUGCGGGCCACUCACAGCAGCCUGAAGGACCCCACGUCUGAGAGCUCCGCCCACCAGAUAUACAGCAACCUCCAACAGGAGGUGCGGGAUCUCUCUGAGUUGAGAGAGACGCUUCAGAAUGGACAAACUCUACUGCAAGAAAAAGAAGAGAAACUCAACGAGCUGCAGACGUCACUGACUGAAGAGGUGUCGUAUGCGGAUGGCGAGAGAUUAGCUGACCGGAAAGUGAUGUUUGAUGUGACGGAGUCCGAGAUGAGCAGUGUGUAUGGACCAGAGGCAACAGUUCCAGUGAAAGUGCAGCAGUUGGCCGAUUCUCUACAGCUGAUCUCGGGUCAGUUAAACUCUGUUUUAGGCGCUUUGGGUUCACUGACCCACAAACAGACUCCGCCCACUCUGAUCCCUCCUGUACCGUCCAGUCCCUUAUGGGCGUGGCCUGUGAACCCCGCCCCUUCCCUGUCCAAUGGCCACACACACGUGCUGCCGAAUCGCUGGAGCGGCCUGAACACGGAAACCAGCAGAACCCAUGUGAGCUACUCAGGAUACACACCGUCAAGUCUGUCGUCUCUGCGUCCAUCAGUAGAGGUCGAAGGUCAACGGCUGCAGGGACUCAUCGAUGUAAAUAAACGCUGGCUGGAAGCUCAACGGAAAAACCACAACAUUCCUUUGUUCCCAAACCUCAGAACGUCGUCCUCCAGCGGCGGGUUAGUUCAGCUCAGCCUCGACGACAACAACCAGAUUAAAGUUCAUCAUUACUGAAGCAGCUUAAUCUUCCCUUAAUAAAGAAAGGAAAUCCCAAAGCAGCUUGUGUUCUCAGGACAGCCGAAGAUCGCCUGUUGUGUUUUUAGAAAUAUAAAUGUUACCUUCUUGGAAGCUUUACAUCAGCAGGUGUUUUAUAGACUUUAGGAAUUGAAUUCUACUGCGGGUUUUUAUGGUUUUACAGUUUCACGAUCAGACAGAUUUGUUGUAUUUGUGUGCAAUGUGCAUAUCUCAUUUAUACAAUACUUUUGUAAACACUUAAUAAAUGACU